CGGUGUGGGUGCUAGUGACGUCAUGUCAUUUCUCCCGCUGCGUGCUUCCGUGUGACGUCACGAGAUUCCCAGGAGCUGCUUCUGUGCGCGCAACUCUCUCGGAUCGGAGAGUGGUGAACCUGGAAUGCUGGAUUGGUGACGUUUGCACGGCAGUGGGUUCAGCCUGCUUGGACAGUGCGUGGGCAAAACCUGCCCUGUCACAGAGAGAGGCAGACUGACCAGUGGCUUCCAAGUCGGUAAUCAAUCACAUGGAGAAGAGAGGCUUGGCAAAAGCUGGAAGGAAAAGGCACCAAUGCAUCCAGUGUCCAUACAGCACCGAUCAGAUGGGUAACUUGAAGAGACAUCAGAGAAAACACACAGGCGAGAAGUCCUUCAAGUGCAGUGUAUGUGGUAAGGCAUUUGCAGAGUCAGUUUUUCUUGAGAAACAUAAUAGAACACACACGGGCGAGAAGCCCUUCAAGUGCACUGUAUGUGGGAAGUCAUUUGCUCACUUAAAAACUCUUCAAAUUCAUCAGAGAACACACACGGGCGAGAAGCCCUUCAAGUGCAGUGUAUGUGGUAAGGCAUUUGCAGAGUCAGCAUAUCUUAAGAAACAUACUAGAACACACACUGGCGAGAAGCCCUUCAAGUGCACUGUGUGUGGCAAGACAUUUGCUCGUUCAGAAGCUCUUCAUAUUCAUCAGAGAACACACACCGGUGAAAAGCCCUUCAAGUGCAUUGUGUGUGGGAAGGCAUUUGCUCAACCAUUAACUCUUCAUAUUCAUCAGAGAACACACACCGGUGAGAAGCCCUUCAAAUGCACUGUGUGUGGGAAGUCAUUUGCUCAUUCAAACACUCUUCAAAUUCAUCAGAGAACACACACAGGCGAGAGGUCCUUCAAGUGCAGUGUAUGUGGUAAGGCAUUUGCAGAGUCAGUAUAUCUUAAGAAACAUAAUAGAACACACACGGGCGAGAAGCCCUUCAAGUGCACCGUGUGUGGCAAGACAUUUGCUCGUUCAGAAAAUCUUCGUAUUCAUCAGAUAACACACACCGGUGAGAAGCCCUUCAAGUGCACUGUGUGUGGGAAGGCAUUUGCUCGUUCAGUAACUCUUCAUAUUCAUCAGAGAACACACACCGGUGAGAAGCCCUUCAAGUGCACUGUGUGUGCGAAGGCAUUUGCUCGUUCAGAAACUCUUCAUAUUCAUCAGAGAACACACACCGGUGAGAAGCCCUUCAAGUGCACUGUGUGUGGGAAGGCAUUUGCACAUUCAGAAACUCUUCAUAGUCAUCAGAGAACGCACACUGGUGAGACGCCCUUCAAGUGCAGUGUAUGUGGUAAGGCAUUUGCAGAGUCAGCAUAUCUUAAGAAACAUAAUAGAACACACACGGGCAAGAAGCCCUUCAAGUGCACUGUGUGUGGGAAGGCAUUUGCUCGUUCAGAAACUCUUCAUAGUCAUCAGAGAACACACACUGGUGAGACGCCCUUCAAGUGCAGUGUAUGUGGUAAGGCAUUUGCAGAGUCAGCAUAUCUUAAGAAACAUAAUAGAACACACACGGGCAAGAAGCCCUUCAAGUGCACUGUGUGUGGGAAGGCAUUUGCUCAACCAUUAACUCUUCAUAUUCAUCAGAGAACACACACCGGUGAGAAGCCCUUCAAGUGCACUGUGUGUGGGAAGUCAUUUGCUCGUUCAGAAAAUCUUCGUAUUCAUCAGAGAACACACACCGGUGAGAAGCCCUUCAAGUGCAGUGUAUGUGGUAAGGCAUUUGCAGAGUCAGUAUAUCUUAAGAAACAUAAUAGAACACACACGGGCGAGAAGCCCUUCAAGUGCACUGUGUGUGGCAAGACAUUUGCUCGUUCAGAAAAUCUUCGUAUUCAUCAGAGAACACACACCGGUGAGAAGCCCUUCAAGUGCAGUGUAUGUGGUAAGGCAUUUGCAGAGUCAGCAUAUCUUAAGAAACAUAAUAGAACACACACGGGCAAGAAGCCCUUCAAGUGCACUGUGUGUGGGAAGGCAUUUGCUCAACCAUUAACUCUUCAUAUUCAUCAGAGAACACACACCAGUGAGAAUCCUUUCAAGUGCACUGUGUAUGGGAAGGAGUUUACAUUAUCAGGAAACCUAAAGAGGCAUGAGAAGAUCCACAAGGAGAAAGUGAAAUCGACUUGUGAAAGUCAACAUGCUGCAAUGAGCCCAUCUCUCAUGAAACGAGAAUCAGAAGAAAAUUCCAACUUGGCAACAGUGAAAUUUGAAGAAGUUAAAUGUGAAGAAGUGACGGUGAAAUGUGAAGAUCAAGAUAAGACUCCAGGACCCAAUCUGCAAGUGGAUGGAGGCAGCGUGAAGCAGGAGGAGCAUUCCGAUUCUGAGGGAGAGCGAGGAAAUCCCCAGCAGUUUGUGGAUGUGGAGGUGUGGGUAGAGUUUUUGGACAAAGCUGAGUAGGAGGGGCCAGAAUGUGUGAAAUGGCACCUUGGAAGAUGUGUAACCUGGAGUUUGAGACGAUUUUCCAUAGCAUUCACUUUAUUCACAGGCUUCUGUCAUUUCAAGAAUGCAUAGGGGUUUGGGUGUCAUCCAGGCAGAGAUGGGCUUUCUGUACAUAUGAAGUUAUUGAGUGUCGAAGUGAAAUAGUCGAUAUGCAAAGCAUUAUGCUGCCUUAUAAAACAUGAAUUAGGAAUGUAUUUUGAUGGUUACGUAUUAAAUUAAUAAGUAUGAAUUAUAACUGUUGGGCAUUACUAUCAAAGUUGCUGUCAGGUGUGGCCGUGCUUUUCUGCAUGCUCCCAAUCUGUUUUUAUGAUUGUUUUUUAAAUGCCCUUUUAUAAAAAAAAAGGUAAGCAUAUUAGUAUUAUUUACAUUUGGCUUAAUACCCUAAAUAUAUUUGUUCAUAAUAUCAAAAUAAUUUAAUGUCAGGCCUACUUUCUGCACUUGUUUUGCUUUUAAUCCGUUUAGGUUUCAUUUAAUUGGGCUUUGCCUGAUGUUACUUUUUUAUGGUAACAGCAGAGGUCUGCAAGUGUACUAUACAUCCCACCUUGCAGAGUGUAGUGGUUUAUAGUACAGUGUAGUGUCACGUGUGUAGUGCAUAGUGAAUAGUUCGUGGUAAAUGUGAUGUGUGGUGAAAUGUGUGUAUGUAUGGUGUAGUAUAUUGUAUACAGUGCAUAGUGUAAGAAGCCGGCUUAGGCUUUUCACGUGACGAAUCGAACGCAAUGUAUCAUUGCACUCCGUCGCGAGUUGCAGUCUAAAAGUGUCAAAUGAGAGUAAAGUUCUGCAUCUUGACGCUGCAUGCCACUUGCAGUGAGGCGUGUUGUGUGCCACGCAGUUGCUGUAGCUGGUGUGAGCUUACCUGUGAAUCGCACGUGUAAUUGUGCACUUUGCAAUGUUGCUGUACUUGCUACUUAGAGCCAGGUGCUGGUGUUUUUUUUUAUAUGUGUGUAACAACAUAAAUGGGCCGUUCUAUGGCGACAGUGCGUGUACUAUACACAAGGGCUUAUUAGAGGGCAGAUUUCGUAUGUCACGGAGGUCGGCUCAGGAUAUGACAGUCUGGGUGAACCCACGAAUGCACGUGACCGGAUGAGGGAUCACGGGGGCCCCCAGAAGGGGGUUAGCGGGCCAUGUGAUGUGGAUCCAGAUUCUUCACGAAGGAUCGAGAAUGGGGCGUAACUAGAGGCAGAGCCAGGUCACGCCGCAGGAAAUGUAAGCUGAGCCCCGAGAGGGAGCGUGGCUGUUCAACCCGGGAAGAAGUUGUCUUCCCCGAGCUUCGCUCUUUAGUAUGCGAUGACACGACGGCAUGUCGGAAGUUCUAGUUCACCCGUAUAGGGAAUCCUUUCAAGUGGUUUGGAACGGUGACCACCACAUUACGUAGUUAACCUGUAAUGUAAAUAGUCGCUCGGAAUGGUCAUAGUUUACUUUGGAACGUUGAGUAGUGUUGGUUGUGUUAGAGAAUAAACGUGUUGCCUCCCA